AUGGACACCCGGCCUGCCUCCGAGUACGCACAGUCAGACCAAACUGCUGCUGCCAGUACUCACUACGCUCAUACCCCGCAACCCGAGGUCCGCCCAACUCAGUACACGCCCCAACCUGAGGUGCGACCCGCCAAUAUUUCGUCCUCCAACACGCCUCAGCCCGAGUACGGUCUGAAUCCUCCACCGGCUCGUUCCCCAGCUUAUCAUCAGGACUACCUGCCUCGACCGCAACCGUACGCCCCGAAUUCUCAACCCGGUGGUGCUCCCAGUAUGGCUCAAGCAUCCAGUCCGUCUCACCCCAUUUCUACAACCCCGCGCAGUCCGGAAAAAAAGUCUGACGCGGCCCUUCCUAUAGAUCCCUCGCUCCCGGCCAACAGCCCGACCUACCCUCCUCCUUAUUCUCCCUACCAGCCCCAGGGACACGAGAUGCAGUACCAGGGUCACCCGCCCCCUCCACACCAGCUUUACGCGAGACCAGAUUGGCCUCAUAGCUAUGGACAACAUCACCAAGGAUUGCCCGGCCCCUACUCCUCUCCCUCUACUACGGUUGGUUCCGCCUCUCCUAUUACUCCUACUGCUACGACCGUUGCUCCACGUGGUAAGGUCUACUCUUUCGUCCCUAUUCCCGGUGCUCAACAGCACAAGCGUCCUCGUCGUCGGUACGAAGAAAUCGAGCGCAUGUACAAGUGUGGCUGGCAAGGAUGUGAGAAGGCUUAUGGUACCCUGAACCAUUUGAACGCACACGUGACGAUGCAAUCGCACGGUGCGAAGCGCACGCCUGAAGAAUUCAAGGAAAUUCGCAAAGAAUGGAAGGCUCGCAAGAAGGAAGAAGAGACACAGCGCAAGGCUGCUGAGGAACGUGAGCGCGCUGCCGCUCAAGCUUCACAGGCUAGCCAGGUCGACGCCCCUGGUGGUCCCUCUGAUCCCCAGGGUGGACAACCUGGUGCUUACGGUGGUGGUGUUCGCCCUCAGCUUCCUCCUAUCGGCUACCAGCCGGCGGAUAGUCAAGUUCCCAGCCAGUACGGCCCUGGCGGCGGCAUGGUUUACCAGAGCAAUGGACAAAUGGGAUACCCUCCCAACUACCCGCACUCGCCUUACCAGAGCGGUCCCGUUUAUCAGCAACGUGAGUAA